CCCUCACACCCAUUACCUGAGAUCCCGCGCCCAUGCCUACCCCUCCUCCUGCGCCAAGGAGGGAUCGCGCAACACGCCAGCAGCAACAGCAUGCUGCCUCACAACCAUGGGACGGUAGCCACCAGCAGCCAGAUCAGCAGCAGCCUGGCCUCGACUCAUCUGACGAUGUCCUCAUGAUGCUCGGCGCAGGGCGAGGCGCAGGAAUGAAUGGCGCCCCAGGCAUGUCAGAUAUCAGCGCCAGCUUCACUUUUGGACCUCGAGGAGGCACAUCAAGAGGCUUCCUCCAGCCACCGAAUCCUGAUCGCGGCCCAUCCUCAUCCUCCACUGCAUCUUCAUCGUCGGCUGCUCGCAAUCAGCUGCAAGACGAGGAUGCCAUCCUGAACCAGCUCAAAGGAGGGCGUGGUGGCAGCCGUACCCAGCAGCUCAACUUCGACUCCCCCACAGGGAGAGGUGCUCCACGAGCGAGCGACUCGCCCUUUGCCGCCUCCCCUCGAAAUCCUCGUCGACGCAUGAUGCCCCACACACCGAACGGAGCAAACAGCAGUAGGUCCUCCGCCCCAGGCCUCAACUACGAUGGCUCCUUCUCCGUCAUGCGAGACGACGAUGAGGCGAAUAACUCUGGCCUUCUGGACCACGGCCCGCCUCCGCGGCAGCUCGAACUCUUUGGCCAUCGAUCCGGAGGCAUGCGCUCAACGCCAAUGAGAGAAGGCGGCAGCGCAGGUCUGCGAACAGGACCCGGCCCCUCCUCAUUGCAUGACACAGGAGCAGCGCAAAAUGAAUCAAUCAUCGAGCAUUCCCUCUCGCAAGUCAUGGAAGAGAACGAAGAGGAAGAUAGCAGUGGCCGGCCCAUCCUUCUGGCUAAGCUGCGGAGAUGGAGGCAAGACGCAAUGGAGCAUCAUCUGUUUGAGACGGCGAUCUUCUGGGGAGAGAAGAUCCUUUGGAUGGAGGCUGAUGAGGGCCAGAGGUCGACGGAUGCAUACUGGUUAGCAAAGGGGUACUUUCUGACACAUCAGUACAGCAGAGCUGAGCAUCUGCUCAUGACACCGCUGCCAGCUCUGCCUAGCAGUGCGCCAGGAGAAGCGGCAGGGGCGAAUGGCGCUGGGGCUGAUGGUUUCGCUGCAGAGAUUGUGCCAGAGGAGGACGCAUUACAGGCUGCCAUUACCGCUACGCGCUCGACGUCGAUCCUACCGCCAUCCUUCCUUAACCGACAUAGCUCCAAGUCGGGGACGUCCGCUGGAGCGAUUGCAAGCUUGCCUGAUGACAAUCUGGCAGCUGAGACGGAAACGAUCGACGACGGUACUGCUCCCCGCAAACGCAAAGACCGCGACUUCACCGUCUCUGGCACUGGUACGGGCAGCGAGAGCAAUGGCGAGGAUGGCGGGGAGAGCGAUGCCUUUAGCUCAGGAGGCGGAGACGAGCCAACGUCGAGAGGGAUAGCCGAGGAGCCCAAAACCAAAGCCAGCGAUCGUCCAGCAGACUUCCGCAAAGGCGACAAGAAUGCAGCACUGGGCUCUCUCAAGCCUGCGACGGAUAUUGAUGCCAACCUUCCUCUCCCACCGCGUGUAUACACCGCUUGGAAAGAAGAACAAGAUCGAGCAGUUGCCGAAGUCACAACCCGCAGGUAUCAACCCCCGGACAAGACGACGCUCGCCGGCAGCUCUACCGUCUGUCGCUUCCUCGCUGCCAAGUGCCUCGUACGGCAAGGCAAGUUCGGCGAGGCCCUCGACCUAAUCGGCGAAGAAUCAGGACGUUGGAAAGGCGGCGGUCGCUACGGGUUCAGUGCUCCUUCCUCCGACGGGCUACUCAAGCUCGCCUCAUCCGUCUGUCACCUACGCGGUCUCAUUCACCUUCGGCUUGACGACCUCGCCCAAGCAAAGGAAGCCUUCAUCGAAGCUCUGCAGCUCGAUGUCAAGAACUACGAUGCAUUUGCUUGUCUGAUCGAUAAUCAUCUCGUAAGCGCAAAAGGAGAGGCUUGGAGCCUUUUGUCUAGCCUGCAAUGGGAGGCACAAAGUGGUGGCGAUUCCGAAUCCUUCAACUUCAUCCGCAUGUGCUAUGCCUCACGGCUAGGCAAAGAAGUUCACGAAGACGCCGUACGUGCCUCUGCCUCACGUCGUGCACUGUGGGACAAUCAUCCGACGCUGCGCAGCUCCCCCGACUUGCUCUUCGCCCUGGCUGAGGACCUGUACGCCCGACGACGGUACAAGGACGCCUUCGUCGUCACCUGUCGGAUUCUCGAGCUGGACGCAGAGCAUCAACACGCCAUCGAUCUUCAUGUAGGCUCGAUAGCCUCCUCUCCGCUCCUGCGAGAAUCUGAGCGGCCACGCCUCUUCCUCCUCGCCAAUCGGCUCGUGGACCGCCACCCAGAGCGGGCGAGCAGCUGGUAUGCGGUAGGCGCAUGGUAUGUCAUCAGCGAGAAAUGGAGCGAGGCACGCCGUCACUUCAGCAAGGCUACCCUACUCAACCCGCGACAUUUACCCAGCUGGCUGUCUUUUGCUCACUCCUUCUCCCUCGAGGGAGAGAGCGAACAAGCUGUGCUCGCCUACAGCUCAGUGGUGCGCAACUUCCCUGACGUGGCUCAUGCGAAAGUCUGCGUCGGCAGCGAGCACUUCCGCAUGGGCAAUCUGCAGCUCGCCCGCCUUUUCUUCGACGGGGCGUGCAACGAUGGCGGAGGAGAAGGGGACGAGGAGCGUGGCGUUCUCUGCUAUUUGGAGGGGCGAACAGACGAAGCUAUCGGUCACCUCGAGAGGGCACUGAGGGCCUCGCAAGCAAUCAGCGAGCCGCAGCCCAGCUGGGGAACUGUGCAGCUGAACCUCGCAUGGGCGUACCUCCGCGCCAAUCGCAAUGAGGAGGCGGCGCGUCUCUUCUCAAACGUCGUCAGCCUCGAUGCGGGGGACGCAGCUGCUUGUCUUGGGAUGGGGAUGGUACGACAUAAGCAGGGGGAUCUUGCUGACGCUAUCGGAUGGUAUCAUGAGGCGCUGGGUAUUGACCCUCGGCAUGGCCAGGCGACGGAUCUGCUGCAGUUUGCACUUGAAGAGUAUGCCAAGCAGGCCAUGCCGAUGGCCAAGAGGAGAGGAACGGAUAAGAGGUUGGGCUUCCCGCCUGAAGCUAGUCCCGCGAUGGGUACUGAUGACGGGCGAGGGGAUGCUGCUUCACUGGGUCUUGGAACGGGUGUGGGAAGUCUGAGCCUGGACAGCAGGAGUCACUCGCUGCAGGGUGUGAGUGGAACCGUGGGGCAGGUCAGCCAUAGUGGUGGGGAUGGCGAAAGUGAGAGUGGGAGCCGGAUGAUGGAGGAGACGCGCAUCACAGCGGGCAACGGGAGCGUUGAGCAGAGUAUUGCGAUGGAUGAGAGUGGGUGACAAUGCAAUGCUAAUGCCGUGAUCGUCGGCGUGAGACCUCGAG